UUAAGGAUAGAAUGAAGAAGAUGUGUGCAUUGAACGAAAUCUCGUCAAUAUUCGACACGUCAGUGAAAGAGGGAGAAGAAAUAGUUACAGGAGAUGAUGUGCCUGUUGCUAAUGAGGGGAAGAAACGAAAACGAAAGGAGACUAAAGGAAGUGGUAAUGGGCUCAUUGAAAAGGCAGAAAAAAUUCUGGGCCAGGAAAUUGAUGCUUUCCAAACCUUUGGAGAUUAUGUGGCUAGUGAGCUGCGGUCACUAAAGAAUGAAAAAAAUGUAAACAAACUGAAAAUAAUGAUUCUGAAAAACAUCAUUGAAAUGAGCGAGAUUGACAGUGCAGAAAUACCAUCCACUCCAGUUUCGCCAGUGAGAGAGACAAGUGCUGCCAGUCAAUGCGUACUUAAUGUAACAGAUUUUAUAAACAUAGAAUAAUGAUAAUAGAAUAUCUGUA